GUCGUGUCUUCUCUCGUUUCGCGUCUUCAAUUAUAAUAAAAGCUCGUGACUCUCUUUGUACGUACUAAGUGAUAGACAUUGGAAAUAAUGCGGUUAUUUAGUGAUCGAAUUUUUAGCGAAAUUGUAGUGAUUUAGAGGCUUUCUAGCCGACCGCGUGUAUGUGAGCCCCCACCUCUCGUCUAAGUAGCGUCAUCCAUCAUGGUCGGUGACGUCAGCCGUUGCUAUUGGUAGGGUCGCGUCACGUGGUGAGUUAAUUGAAGGCGGAGUCAGCGCAAGUGGUAUAGUAGGGGAAGAGAAAAAAGAGUCACUAGUGCGUAGUAAACCCCCCACCGUAUAAUCCACGGCACGCUAUUCCGAAAGCUUUUAUCGAGAAGUGAGGAAAAAUUAAUGAUGAGCUCGUUUUUGAUGAACCCGGGGACGGCGUUACCGACGUAUCAGCAACCCCAGCACAUUAGUGGUGUUGUCGUCGAUCCUAAGUUUCCCCCAAGUGAAGAGUACAACCAGAAUAGUUACAUCCCACCCGGAGGAGACUUCUUCGGUAACCACCACAUUCAACAGCAACAGCUCCAGUACGGAUAUCAUAACCAUCAAAAUUACAACUCAAAUGUGCUAAGUAACGGAUAUGGGUAUGGUAAUUACUACCAUCCGCAAAUACACUCCCAUCAUGGGCCACCCAUACACCACCAAAUCAGGCCGCCGAUUUUGCACGACACUCAGCCUAUGUGUGAUAGUUUGCAAAAUUCCCAACCACCAGUUACAAGUUCCUCGAACAUUCUUCAAAAUUUAGCAGACAUUACGCCCAAUGUUACCCCAAAUUGUGAUGUGAAAUCUAGUGUGUGUAGCCCGGGGUCGUGUCAUCAAGACUCAAAGACUUCACCCUCUGGACAACACCUUCAAGAGUUAGGUUUGCGACUCGAAGAUGGCAAUUCCGAUGAGCAAGACGACGGGGAUGACGGCCAAGGAAGUUCAACAAACAACGACGAAGAUGACGAUGAUGAAGAAACCGGAGACAGACAAAUAUACCCUUGGAUGCGCAAAGUUCACGUUGCUGGAGCUUUUUCGAAUUCGAAUGAUUUAUCAGCAAGUAGCACAAACGGUAACUUCGCUCCUGGCAUGGAACCGAAACGACAGCGUACGGCCUACACUCGCCACCAAAUCCUCGAACUUGAGAAAGAGUUUCAUUACAACCGCUACUUGACCCGUCGAAGACGCAUCGAAAUCGCCCACACAUUAGUUCUUUCCGAACGACAAAUCAAAAUCUGGUUCCAGAACCGACGGAUGAAGUGGAAGAAGGAUAACAAAUUGCCCAACACGAAAAAUGUGAGACGAAAAACGAAUCCCGCCGGAGUGACGACGACCACCAAGGGCAAAGUUCGAGCAAAGACACAGAACGCCACUCCGGCUAAUAACAAUGAUAAACGUAAAAGUCGGGAAGUGGAUGGAUUGGGGGAGAAUAUGAUGGAUAUGUCGCUGACGAGGCACCAGAUUUCGUCCAUGGGACACUCACACGCCCAUCCCAUGCACCACGAGAUGAUCCAGGAGACCAUGCACAUGGGGAUGGGGCCGUCGCUAACCCCACUGGCAUCGCCGGGGUGCGGGCCUGGACAAGGAAACCUCCAACCAACAAUCAAGUCGGAUUAUGGACUCACGGCUUUGUAAUCCGAUUUUUGAGGAAAUUUCUUUCAUUCAGUACAAUUAAGUUAAUGUGAAUCGAAACGCCGACAAUAUAAGUGUGAACUGUGACUGGACAAAAGUUUUUCAGGCGAUUUUAUGGCUUUCAUUUGACUCGAGUCAGCGUCCAAAAUACUCAUUGUUGUAAGUUUUUUAUGUCUUUAUUUGAUUUUUGUACUUUGUGCCAUUUAAUAUAAGGAUUGUUUCGUUGUUACCGUAUUUAAUAAACUUCAAAUACAUGUGACUUAAGGUUGUUUAUGGCACAUUUUUUUACAGCACGUGUUGCUCAGGGUAAAGAGUGGACUCGUUUUCUUUAGUCGUAUAAUCUUUUUUUUUUUCAUUUUAUUGUGCAUGUAUUUUUGAGGUUAUUAAACCAGUGUGAUCCUAUUAAAGUAUAAAAGUUCUGUAGGUAAA